UCUAGUGAUACUAUAUUCUCUUCCUCAACACAUUUCACCUGCAAUUUUUCAACUUCUUAUCAAAAACCCUUUUGUAUUUGCUCGUGUUACAGCCAUGGGUAGACCAGAACAACGAUAUCGUGGAGUCAGGCAGCGGCACUGGGGCUCUUGGGUGUCCGAAAUUCGCCAUCCUUUAUUGAAGACUCGAAUAUGGUUAGGCACAUUUGAGACAGCAGAGGAUGCGGCGAGAGCUUAUGAUGAAGCAGCCAGGCUCAUGUGUGGGCCUAGAGCGCGUACAAAUUUUGCUUACAAUGACAAUGAUCCUGAUUCCUCCUCAACCAAGUUUCUGUCUGCUACCUUAAUAGCUAAACUUCAAAGAUGCCACAUGACUUCUCUCAAGAUGGUCAACAAGAGGCCUGUACUUGCUCAGGAAAAUCAAGAGCAGCAAUGUGGUUCUCGUGGGAAUAGGGUUCUUGAUGGCAUUGGCCAGAGAGAUGGCGAAAUGCAAUUUGUUGUGCCGUUGAAUCAGGAUCGCUGUGAAAGCCAGGGGGAGAGUCUCAGUGGGCAAGAAUUCAAGUCACUUGAAGAUGACCACAUAGAGCAGAUGAUCCAGGAGUUGCUCGAUUAUAGCCCAGUUGAGCUUUCUUGUGUUAUGCAGAAUUAGUCUAUGUAUGUAGCAUUAUUAAAUUCUAUUAGAGCAUCCUUGUUGAACUUAGAUGCCUUGAUAAAGGCAUUCGGGAACUCUUGAUGUUGACUAUAGCAAAAGGUAGCAUUCCUCUUCAGUUUUUCGUUUUCUCCUGCACUAAUGGAAGAACGCGCAUUGUCUAAACUAAGAAGCUAAAACUUUAACGUUGUACUAUAUCAGUAAUAAUCCAAGAGAGCAUUCAACUUUUGUCGA